CUCUCCCUCUCUCGCGUCCACCCCAUCCCUUUUACACUCUCUCUCUCUCUCUCCCUCUCUGUGUGACAGAAGAGUGACAAAAGCUUCUUAAAAUUUUGGAUUAAUCUUAAGUGCAUUUCAUGAGCAUCUCGUCUCGCUUCCACUUCUCGCACGAAGCUAGAGAGAGACAGAGAGAGAAUGCAUUACCACGAGCUGUGACUCCGGAUCUGAAGUUCUGAGGAGGGCAUUUGAGGAGAUGGGGGUUCUGGGGGAAUCUUGGUGCUUCUGCAAUGGUGGAGGCAAGUCUGAGAGAAUCAAAGCCGCCAUUUUCUCCGGAAAGGGACCGGCCAUGGCCCGAAUCUCCCCCGGCGGUGCUGGAGGAGAAAUGUCCGGCACUGGCUUUCUGAUCCACCGGAAUCUACUGUUGACCACUCACGUCAACCUCCCGUCGGUAGCCGCCGCUGAGGCGGCCGAGAUCCGGCUGCAAAAUGGCGUUGGUGCUAGCCUUUUUCCCCACAGGUUUUUCAUCACCAGCUCCGUUCUUGAUCUCACAAUAGUGGGUUUGGAUUCCAUGGAUGGAGACUCAAAUACUCAGGGACAGCAACCUCACUACUUGAAAACCUGCUCUAGACCAAACCUGGAGCUGGGUGGUAUAGUUUACCUUCUAGGGUACACACAGAAAAAAGAGUUGACCGUUGGUGAAGGAAAAGUGGUUAUAGCCACCGACAAUCUCAUAAAGCUGUCCACUGAUGAUGUAACUUGGAGCCCUGGAUCCGCGGGUUUUGAUGUGCAAGGCAAUCUUGCAUUCAUGGUCUGUGAUCCUAUGAAAUUGGCUACAUCUCCAAACACAAAAUCCUGUUCAACUUCGUCUUCUUCAUCAUCAUCAUGGAAGAAGGAUCUUCUCAUGCAAUUUGGAAUUCCUAUUCCUGCCAUCUGUGAUUGGUUAAACCAACACUGGGAGGGUAACCUCGAUGAACUCAACAAACCUAAAUUGCCACUCAUCCGAUUGAUGUCUGCUGGACAGAAGAGUGAUCAUUCUUGUGCAUCGUUCACAAUGAGGAGGGUUUUCAAGUCUACGGAGGCCGAAAAUGAAGGAACACCAUCCUCAUCAAAUAUAAUAUUGAAAACAAAGGAUCAACCAGGACCCAGCUCUUCUGCUGCUGCAAAUACCUUUGAUGAAGAAAACCCUAUCACCGGUUCUCAUGCCGCUACCCAUGUCCAAGGGAUUCCUACCCCAGAAAUUUACGAGUCUCCAAAAUUAACCUCAGUCCCAGUAAGGAAGAAGGAAAAUAACCAAACCCAGAUCUUGGAUAUUAACUUUCCUACAAAAGUUGCCAAAACUCCAGUCUUGCCACAACCUACCAUGAGUCUGGCCCCUUACUCAGAUGAGAAUUGCUUAAAGGAACCUACCUUGCUGCGGCCGCUAAGAGAAGAAGACAGAUUUAGCGACAGAGGACAGAAUGAUGCGAUUCCGGAUGCUGACACUGCGGCAACAGGUUCUGUAAAUGAGGCGCAGAGUGAGGUCCAGUCCAGUUCAUCACCAAUUCAGGUUUUGGAUGUGCAGAAUGGGUACAGCAGUGAGGGAGAGACUACCAUGUAUUCUGCAGAAACAGCAGAGAGCCGGAACUAUCCAAGCCCUAGGGAGGGGAAGUUCCAGCAGAUAGGGAGGAGCCAGAGCUGCGUGAACUACAACAGAUGGAACACGGUUCAAAGGAAUCCAGUGGCUCGCAAGGCGGGUUUGGAAAAGCAGAGGAGCUUCACACAAGGAAGAAAGCUCCAUUCACAAGGGGCGAUCCCUCAGAAGAGCAACGACUACUUCAGCCCAACUGUCUCCUCCAUCAUGAAAAAGCGAAACAGUUCAGAACAGCCACAACUGAUCAACAGGCCACGCCAAAAUGCAGUCCAUUCAUCUCCAAGAUGGAUGUUCUAACUAGCAUGUUAAGGGUGAUGAGAUCUCAGCUUUCUGGUUGAACGUGCGUGGACCCAUUUUGUUUUCGUUUCCCCCACACUGUAACUAACUUAUUGCGACUAUAUGUGCAGAACACUUGAAAGGCAAAUAAGAAAAAAAUCACCAAGAUUGUUGUUAAAAUGCUGCUCUAAGCUCCCCCUACUUUCGUCUGAAGUUUGCCCUCAAGGAAGGAAUGGUCUUCUUCCAUGGCAAAGCCACGUCCCAUGUGAUUUAAUGUUGCCUAGUUGUGACCCCUUCACCUUUAUUAUGUCAA